GUUCUCUGCAGGCGCUGGCCUUUCGUACUCCCCGGGCGCGGUCCGGGAAGUCCGUCCGAGUAGGAGGAGCCGCGGGACCGAGCCCCUGCGCGGCCCGCCAUGGGCCCGCGCCGUCGCAGCCGCAAGCCGGAGGCCCCGACGAGGCGCAGAGCGAGUCCGACCCGCAGCCCCCGGAGGCGGGACGUCUCAGGCACCCCUUCUCGGAUCACCCGGCGGCGGCGGCAGUUCGCCUGGCUGAAGGAGAUGCGGAAGCUGCAGAAGAGCACAGACCUGCUGUUGAGGAAGCUGCCCUUUGCCCGCGUGGUCAGAGAAAUCAGCACUAGAUUCACCCGGGGCGUGGACUUCAACUGGCAAGCCCAGGCCCUAUUGGCCCUGCAAGAGGCGGCAGAAGCGUUCCUCGUUCACCUCUUUGAGGAUGCCUAUCUCCUGUCCUUACAUGCCGGCCGAGUUACCCUGUUCCCAAAGGAUGUGCAGCUGGCCCGGAGGAUUCGCGGCAUUCAGGAGGGCCUUGGUUGAGGCAGCCUUCCUGCCCCACCCUGAAGAGUGAGCACACUUGUGGGGAGCACGCAACUCUCGGCACCCUGGGGUGGGGAAAGCUCCCUUCUCCUUGCUUGGCCCCUUGCCAGCUUACCUUCCCUCAUUCUCCGGGAAAGGUCUGGCCUGAUGCUGACUUACGGCCUGUGUGUCCACCCUCCAUACAGCAUCUUAUGUGUAUAUCAGAUGACAGGCAGGUGACUGAGUCUCGGCAUAGUGGAGCAUCUCUGUUUUACAAGGACUGGAUGGCUUCGUUCUGACUAGGAGAUUUUGCUUGUUUCUGAAAAAUACCUCGUUAGGAAAUGUGAUGCCUGCAUUUCAGGGAUGACUCCGGGGACUGUUUGAAAGACAUGCGUGGAUCUGGGGUCCUGUUGCUGAGCAGGGUGCCUGGAUGUUGCUUCAUUUAUUUUAAGAAGCACACAUCCUGGCUUUCUUCUGUAACAGGGAUAGCACAGGAGGCAGUCAACAUAGUUCCAGAGGCCUGGCCUUUGUUUGGGGACAGUCUUUGUCCAGGUCAACUUUGGUUUGUGAAUCACACGUCAGAUCAAUUAAGGACUUUGAAGACAUCAGAUUGGCCGUGUAUGGGAGGAGGAUGUUGGCUUGCUUCUUGUUCUGCACAUUUUCUACCCAUGUAUGUUCACACACUGCGAACCUACAGAAAGAGUCAGAACCCGAGUCAGCUGUGUGGAAGACCCAGGCCUUGCAGCAGGCAAACCUCUGCCUCAUGGAUCCAAAGCUCCGUGUUCAGGUUCCUUCUAGUAAACUUCUAUCCAGAUCAUUCAGUAGUUCUAACUCACAGAAUUUAGCGUUUUCUUCUUAUUUGUAAAUUAUGAAAGAUGUGUCAUAUGUGAUUUUAAAAUGCUUCAGUGUUUUGAUGAGUGUUUUUAAGCUUAUAGCUUCUUUGCAGAGAGAUAAUAAAAAUAAUUUUAAAGCCAAGUUACUUUUUGCAACGUAGUAGUUACAUUGUACUUAGUAUAAAUUAAAUCAAAUUCUUCAUUUGGACACUGCAAACAACUGUAAUCUGUUUUUUAAUAUUUAUU